AUGAAACAAUGCUCAUUUUUAAAUAAAUACAAUUAUAUGAGGUCUUUCGCAUAUGCCUAUUGCCCACCACUCAAAGGAAAUUUGCAUACUGAGAAGGCAAGCACUGACAUAAUUAAUUGGGAUAUGAUAGUUAUAUUACAUUCCCAAAUACAUAAAAGUAAAGAAAAAUUCUUAAAAUACGACAAUUUUGCUUUAUGUAAAGGCCUGAGCGCACCACUGAAAGUGGGAAAAAAGUGGAGGCGCGUUUUCUUACAACCUCAAGCACUUUUAUCAAAUAGGCAAUCCAACGGCCUCGGUAUUGGAAUGUUAAAAGCACCCAUUAAAAAAGGAUUGGGAAAUGGGUCCCAGCUACAAGUGAAUUGGGUGAUAAUAAUUCUUGACCAUUCGAGGAGAAAAAGUAUAUACGAGGUGAGACAUGAAGGUAAGAUUUUAAGUUUCUGUCUAAUCUGUCUUAGAGAUAAAUGGGUUUGGCGCAAAGUCACGACAAAUUACCAAGACAAGACCAAAAUAGGCGCAGACGCUAUUAAGAGGUCUGCCUUGAGAAAAAAAAACCGAAAAAGUGUCGCAGAAAUAUAUGCAGAGACAAGGCUUUUAUCACCUAUUUGUGAAACCGUGACACCGAUAAUUUUAAAGCAAAAUUUUAGUUCGCUGUCAAAAGUUAAUCAAGCUGUUUCAUUUGACAAAAAGGCACUCCGCACAAUUAAUUCAAACAAAUCUUCUUCCAACUUGCAUCAAAUUAAUGGAAAUCGUUCUGUUAAAAUAGGAGAAAAUUGUCCCAUCGGAAAAAUACCGGUUGAUUUUUUUGUCAAAGUUGAUCAAGAUCAUUUAAUAGUUAUAAAAAAAAACCAAGGCCGGUCGUUGUAUGAUGCCGCCUUUUUCCCCUAG